AUGGACAUGGAGGAAGAUGUUGACACUCCUUUGAUCUUGGGUCGUGAAGCUCUUAAAACUUUGGGGGCGGUCAUUAAUUGCAAGAGCAACACCGUAACAAGUGAAGUGGCCGAUGAGAAGAUUGUAUUUGAGUUCUCUAAGUUGCUUAAGAUCCCCAUGGUUGAGAAGUUUUAUAGAGUAGAUGUUGUGAAUGAAGAGUUGGAUCGCUUGGGAAGGAUAAUGAUGAAGAAUGAUGCUAUGGUUGAAGCUCUUACAUGCAAGGAAGAGUACCACUCACAAGAAGCUAAAGAUCUAGUCAUGGCCAUGGAAGAAGCUCCCAAAGAGGAAGAAGUUGAACAACGACAAGAAGUUGUGCUUGAGAAAAAGGAGGAGAGUCCCAAGCCUCCUCCCAACGAGGGCAUUGUCCUAGUCCAUAAAGUGUCCAAGAAAGGCAUUGAAGUAGAUUUGGGCAAAGUUUCGGUGAUUGCCAAGUUGCCCCCUCUUACUUCCAUCACAAGAGUAAGAGCUUCCCUUGGGCAUGCCGAUUUUUACCAGAGAUUUAUCAAAGAUUUUUCAACAAUCGCCAAACCUUUGACCGAAUUGCUUAAGAAAGAUGUUGAGUUUUGCUUUAAUGAGGCUUUCCUUGGAGCAUUUCAUAAGCUCAAGGAAGCUCUUAUCUCCUCUACCAUUGUGCAAGCUUCGGAUUGGGGCUUGCCAUUUGAGCUAAUAACUCUUGAUGAAGCUCAAAAGAAUUACACAACAACAGAGAAAGAGAUGCUUGUGGCUGUGUUUGCUAUGGACAAGUUUAGGUCCUAUCUUGUUUGCUCAAAGGUCAUUGUGUACAUGGAUCAUGUAGCGGUUCAUUAUCUUAUGAGCAAGAAGUAUGCAAAGCCACGCCUCAUCUGUUGGGUUAUUUUGCUUCAACAUUUUGACAUGGAGAUGAGAGAUAAGAAAGGAGCGGAAAACUAUGUGGCGGACCACUUGUCUAGGCUCCCUUUUGAAAACAAGGAUGACGUACCCAUCAAUAAGGAGAUGGGAAUUGAGACUCUUAUGUCUAUAGCUUCAACAUCUAUCCCUUGGUAUGCGGACAUAGCCAACUAUCUUGCAUGUGGAGUCAUUCCCCUGGAGUUUUCCUCUCAACAAAAGAAAAGGUUCUUCAAGGAAGCGAGGAGAUACAUUUGGAAUGUUCCUUACUUGUUCAAACAAUGCGGAGAUGGCCUUCUCUGUAAAUGUGUCCCGAAUCAUGAAAUUGAAGGAGUUCUUGAGCAUUGCCACUCGUUACCAUGUGGUGGACAUGGUUGA